GGUCCUUCCCGCCUGGGAUUUCCCCACCCGGAUGCCUGGGUCCCCCCUCCCUUUUUUGGGGGGGGGGGCGGGGGGUGGUUGCGCAAACCCACGUCACGUUGCCGUCGGGUGUUGGGCAAUCGCGGGGGGGGGACAGGGCUGUUCCCCCCCCGCCACCCCCGACACUCCCUGGGCACCUGCCCAGAGCAGGAUGUGGCCGUGCUGGCAGAGGGGACGUGGACCCCCCCCGGGUCCCCCCCUCCGUGUCCUGGGGUGAAGGGAGGUGACCAAGGCCAUGACACCCUCCUGCCACCCCAGGGGUCCCCUAGUGUGAGGUGGGGAACACCGGCUGAAUGUCCCCCCCAGCCCGGGGGUGUCCCUCCAUGGGUGUCCGUCCCCCCAUCCCCAGCGCCCGCAGUGACUCACCGGGUGGGGCAAGCCCCAAAAUGGGGCGAAAACCACAAAAAUCCAGCCACCAUGACUCAGGGGUCCCCGUAACUCGGGGGGGGGGGGGAACUGGGGCCACCCAGGGCGGGGGGAAUGUUUGGGGCCACCCGGCGCAGGGGGGUCACACAGGGCCACCAGGGUUGGGGACAGGACCACCGCGGUGUCCCCCACCCCCCGGCCUCCUGGGACAGUUGGGGUCCAGGGGGGGAGCAUGGCCCCGGUGGGGGGUGCAGGAUGGGGCCCAGCCCCCGGCCCCCCCCCGGGCCCCCCCCCCCCCCCCGGCCCCGCUGCGACGUCAGGCCGUGACUCAGCCCCGCGGGACCAGGCCCUUCAUAAGGCGGCGGAGCCGGCAGGGGCCCCACAGCGCCCGACGCCAUGGCCGCCCUCGGCCUCCUCCUCCUCCUCCUCCUCGGCGCCGACGUGGUGGCACCAGAGCGACGCCAGCAUGUGGCACAGGAGAGCCUGGUCCUGCAGCACCCCCACAUGCAGCAGCUGCUGCAGAAGGAGGUGGAGCCCCAGCUGCCCCCCGACGUCCUGGCGGCGGCAGCGGCGGGUUCCGUGUCCCCGACACGUCCCCAGCCCCCCUGGGCCAGCGCCCUGGACGGCUUCCCCCCUGCCUGGCCCAUGGCCGCCGCCGUCACCCGCCACUGCCGCCAGCCCCCGCCGCCCCCCCCGACCCCCCUGCUGCCCCGCACCGCCUUCGCCCACCUCCGUCGCCAGGCUGCCGCGCUCGACGCCCUGCGCCCCCGCCUCAACGCCUGCUGCCGCCAUCACUCCCCGCUGCCCUGCGCCCGCCGCGCCUGGACGGACGUGCUGGAUGGAUUCUGCACCGAUGAAUUUGGGGUGAAAACGCGGCAGUUCCACUGCUGCCGGCAGCACGGGACGGCGCGGCGCCGCUGCUUCGCCCAGGGCCCCGACGCCAUCAUCGCUGCUGCCACCGCCGAGGCUGCCAUUGCCGUUGUCACCACCUGGGAGCCCACCGGCGAGCCCUCCUUCCCCCCCGGCGAGCCCACCACCGACAACAUGGGCAACAUCUGCGGGUUGUGGGGGCUGCGCCCCGGCCCCCCCAAGCCCCCCGCCCGCACCGGCCCCCGCGACCGCCUGCGCCUGCGCCUGGAGCGCGACUAUGGCCGCUGCUGCCGCAACGAGAGCCUGGCCUGCGCGCACAAGGCCUGGCAGAAGGGUCUGGAUCGGUUCUGCCGGGAGGAGUCUGCGGUGAAGACGAGCCAGCACCGGUGCUGCCAGCGCGGGGGGGGCCGGGCCCGGGGCCGCUGCUUCGCCGCCGCCGCCCCCCACCCCGCCUACGACCGGGAGCUGCACAACGUCAGCCUGGCCCGGCCCGGGGCCGCCCUGCUGCGCUCCCUCUGCGCGCCCACCCGCCUGCUCACCCACCGGCGGCCGGUUCCGGAGCUGCUGGGGGCCAUGACGGCGGCAUGCUGCCCGCUGCCCCCCGAGGAGCGAAGCGCCUGCGCCCAAGAUCAGCUGUCUGAGGGCAUCGCCACCCUCUGUGCCAACCCCCAAGACGCCUGGCGCGACCCCCAGGGCUGCUGCUCCUGGGAGGAGCCCGAGCGGCGACGCUGCUUCGACAACGAGUACCUGGCCCAGGUCACCCUGGGGGCGGCUGUGGCCCCCCCACCCUCCGGCCUGGACAACUGAACCCCUACAUGUCACCCCCCCCAGGGCGGCGGGGGGGGGGGG